UAUGGAUUUAUAAUUAGUAUUGUAUUGUAUAAAGCUGUUAGCUGUUUAACCUGUAUCGCUAACAGGGUGCGCUAGUUGUAUUGUUUUCUUUUAUCAGCUGCUCGUCACAUCAGUCUGUCUAUACGAUAAUCAUUUUACAUUCUAAUAUUAAUUAUCGUUAAAUAAUAAAAAUUAAGAAAUAUUUAUAUAUGUAUUAUAUAUCGUAACAAAUGAUAAUUUUUUAGCAUUUAUUGGAAUAUUUCAUAGGAAACGAUAAUUAGAAAUUGUAUUCUGAUAUCAUGGGAGUACUUGGCCUAUGGCGAUUAAUUGAAGCUACUGGAAAAGCAGUUCCUUUGGAAACAUUAGAAGGAAAAGUUUUAGCUAUCGAUGUCUCUAUAUGGAUUCAUCAGGUGUUGCAAGGAUAUCAAGAUCGUCAUGGUAAUCCUAAACCUAAUGCCCAUCUAAUCGGAUUAUUUAAUAGGAUUUGUAAACUAUUGUACUAUAAAAUCAAACCGGUAUUUGUCUUUGAUGGGGGUGUCCCUAUGCUUAAAAAAUCUACAAUUGCUGCACGCAGGAAGCAGAAAUCUAUUGCUACGAGUAAGGCACAGAAGAUGAGGGCAGAUUUGAUAAAUAACUUGAUAAAGCAUACAGUUGUGAAAAGUGCAUUAAAUAAGAAAAAUGUAGAUGAAAAUAUUGAAUCUUCUGAAAUAUCAACAAUAAAACAUAUUUAUAGUAAAUCAUCUGUAAAUGAUGUUUUCAAACUACCAGAAUUAACUAAUAUGGAUGGAAAGGAGUAUAUAAGUAGUGAUGACUCAGAUUCAUCUAUGCAAUUAAGUCCAAGAAAGCAAACUAAAUGGAUGGGCAAUAUUCACAGUGUAGAUUUGUCUACUGCGGAGUUUAAAUCACUGCCUGCUGAUGUGCGUUAUGACAUUCUUACAGAUCUUAAGGAGACUAGAAAACAGAGUUCAUGGGGACGUUUACAUGAAAUGCCUGAAGAAACUAAUAAAUUUUCUACUUUUCAAAUGAAACGCUUAUUAAAACGUAGAUUUGUACAAGAAUCGUUAGAAACUGCCGAAAAAGAAAUGGGAGGUAAAACUUUAACUUUAGAGGAAUUGGAAAAAUUAUUAACCGAACAGGGUGUUCAGACUAAUAGAGAUAAUGCGUACCGCAUUGCAUCGGACAGUACGUCUAGAGUCAUUUAUAUUAGCGAUAAAGAUAAAUUAAUUCGUAAUACUUCUACUGAGGAUAAAACAAGUAAGGAAGAUGUCUUAGAAGAGAGCAUAAAUGAGGAAGUUGAACCUGUUGCAGGCCCCAGUGGUAUUACAAUAACUCAAAAUAGCUUAAAUAAAUUUCAACUAAGCGAUGGAGAUAGUGACAGUAAUUUAACAAGUUAUAGCAACUCUGUACCUAUUAUUGAUAAUAUAAAUGAAUAUGAAUUUGGUAGCGAUUGGGAAUCAGAAAGUGAAAAAAAUGAAUCUUUACCGUUUCCUAAUAAAUAUUUGAGUAAAAAUAACAUUAAUCCUGCUUUAGCAUAUAUGUUAGAGCAUAGCGGUUUGACGCAAGAACAAAUUAUUCAGCUUAUGGAACAAAAUAGAAAAGAGAGUAAAACAAAAAUAACUGAUACUCAUUCAAGUGGAAGUACAAAAUCAUUAUCUGCAUUAGAUUCAACUACAAAUAAUGUAAUGAAACAUCAACAAAUGAAAGAAGAUAAUAUUACUGAAGACAAUAUAUUAGAUGUCAAAGAAAUUGUGGAGAAGAAUAUAUCUUUGUACUCAGUUUCAGAGAACUCUACUUCGAAUGUUACGACAGAAAGCAUUGAGCAUAGUAGUAGCGAUUUGCAGUUUAUAAAAGAUAAUGAUGAAAUCAUUUCAUGCGAGGAGAGAGUCGAGUGUCAGAAACAACCUGUCCCUAUAAGAAAUAUGCGUCAGUUAGAUACACAUACGACAGAUUCAGAUUCUGAUGAAUUUAUCGAAAUACCAGAUGUUCCAGUACUUUAUUCAAAAGAGAUUACUAAAAAACAUGAUAUUGAAAUAACAUUUAAAUCUGAUGACAAAAUUGAAGAAGAUGAUAUAUUUGCUGAUGUAUUUAAAGAGCCAAGUCGAGAUAUAUUUUCACAUUUUACUGAAUCUGCUGUUACCUCUUCAUCGAUAGAACACACUGUUUCAAAGAUAGUUUCUGAAGAUUUAAAUAAAAAUAAGACGAAGAAUGAGGACAAAAGUGAACUUUCAGGAACAUUAAUAUCGAAAAGUUGUAGUUUUAACGAAAUUUCAUUAGAUAAAAACAGCAUUGACAGUGAUAAAAACAAAGAACGUGUUCAUAUGAGUAUCCAAUCAAGUAUUGUGAAUGAAGAAGAAAGUAAAAAAAUUCAAAAUAACAAUACUCUCAUAGAUGCAGAAUCAAAAAUUGUUAGUGAUGAAGGUAAAUUAUCGGAGGAUACGACGAAAGGAAAACAGGAAAACAUCUUGCCUAGGAACGAGACUGAACUUUUAGAGUUAAAGGCAAAUCUAGAGCAUGAACAAAUUCAAUUAACGGAAACUAUGGGUAAAUUGGAGAGGCAAGCUACAGACAUAUCCGAUCAAAUUAGGAUUGAGGCUCAGGAGCUUUUACGUUUAUUCGGUAUACCUUACGUUGUUGCACCAAUGGAGGCAGAAGCUCAAUGUGCUUAUUUAGAACAGAUUAAUCUUACCGAUGGGACGAUCACAGAUGACUCCGAUAUUUGGCUUUUUGGAGGUCAAUGCGUUUAUAAAAACUUCUUCAAUAACAACAAAACAGUAUUACAAUUUCAAUCUUGCGAUAUACAACAUCAUUUUAAACUGACUCGUCAUCAAUUAAUACAAUUGGCUCUUUUGGUUGGAAGCGAUUAUACUACAGGUAUACCUGGUAUUGGUCCUGUAACAGCACUUGAAAUAUUAGCCGCAUUUCCCACGCAAGGAGAUAAUUUGUUACAUGGUUUAAUCAAUUUUUGUUUAUGGAUACAAAGGGAUAAAGCUAUAGAUUCUAGCAAAAAAUCCUUACGUAACAAGUUGAAAAAUAUACAAAUUGAAAAAGGUUUUCCAAGUCAAGCUGUUGUACAAGCAUAUAUGUUCCCUGCGGUAGACGAAUCUAAAGAAAAGUUUACAUGGGGUCGACCUAAUUUGAUAUUAUUGUCGGACUACACGAGCCAUAAAUUUGGAUGGACUAAGGAUAAAUUUAAUGAGAUAAUAAAGCCAGUUAUAAAAAGAAUGGAGGAAUCUAAACAACAACAAACGAUAGAAUCAUAUUUUAAAUUAAAAGCAAUACCAAAGUCCAUUGAAAUGAAUUUAAGUAAGAGAAUUAAAAAAGCUGUUAAUAGUUUAAAUGGUAAUAAUGUAGAGUUGAAUACAAAUGAAACUGAUACGAAUGAAAAGAUGGGAAAACGUGUAAACAAGCGAGUACCUAAAACACUAAAUAAAAGACAGAAAAGCGAUAGUAUAGAUCUUAUUGAAUCAAAGGAUAUAAGUAAAAAGUUGAUGUAUAAUACAUCUAUUAAUGAUAAUGACAAAAAUAUCAAGGAAUAUAUACCACAGAGGGAAAAAGACAAAGCAAAUUCUUUGAAAAGGAAAAUGCACGCAAUAGAAGUAUUUAGAAAAUCUAAAUCUGGACUAGAUAAAACUAAAAAGAUCAAACGUAAUGUUCGAAAAAUGGUACAAGAAGCGAAACUUUCUGAAAGUAGUGAUAGUAAUUAGUAUUAAUUAAU